GUUUGCUAUUAGGAAAGAAGGGUUAAUUCAGCUGAGUGACUUGCACCCGAUAAACUUAUAUACAGGGAAGCACUUGGUUUAUACUCUUCCUGCCUGGUUACCUUCUUGCUGAAACAAUGAAUUAUUCGAGCUACCUCUUAGCAUCCUGGCUUUGUGUUAUGUUGGGUUAUUCUCAAGCUACUAUAGGAGAAGACCUAAGAACUCUUAUGGAAUACUUUCAGAAUGAAAGUACAUCAUCUGAUAUAUCUGAUAAUGGGACUCUUUUCUUGAACAUGAUGGACCGUUGGAAAGAGGAUGGUGACAAGAAAAUCCUAAUGAGCCAAAUUGUCACAGUUUAUUUCAAAAUCUUUGAAAUCUUCAAGAACAACACCAUCAUCAAAAAAAGUGUGGAGAACAUCAAAGAAGAUAUGAUCAUGAAAUUCUUCACUAACAACACUGCCAGCAAGGUGAAUGACUUUGAAGCGGUCAUCAACACUCAGGUGAAUGACCUCAGAGUCCAAAAGAAAGCUAUAUUUGAAUUAGCCCUUAUCAUGAAUGACCUCUCAUCCAAACCUCAUCUCAGAAGGAGAAAAAGAAGACAGAACAGAAAACAAGGAGAAAUCAAACAGUAGUCUUUCCACCUGCAAUUCUCAAGUUAUUUGCUAUUUAUUAAUAUUUAAUAAUUUAGAUUAUUUAUAUAAAUAUAUAUUUUGGACACACUGACCAACUAUUUAUGAUAUCAACUGUUAUAUAAUUAAAAACAAAUAUCUAUUACUAUAUAUAUUCAAUGAUUAUUUAUGAUUUUUAUAUUCCACCCAUCCUGUGUCAAGCUAUGACAAAAUCCCCCUGCCAAAUGGGCUUUUCUUAUGCAGAUUGCAGAAUUUCACUACUGUCUGGAAGAAUAUCAUUGUCCACACAGCAGUGAAGAGCAAGGUAUAUUUGUUUUUCCUUGUGAAGUUCUACAAAUGAAGAGACUUUUCAGUCUGAAGUCUGCAUUCUGAGCCAAUUGUUUUCUUCUAUUUGAUUUCUGUGUCACAUAAUACUUGAAUGUGUUACCCUUUCAAAAAUGCAAUAUCCGAGUUGAAUGUACCAACUACAGCUAUGCAAUACUAUUUAAAACUAGAAGUGCACCCAGAUGGGAAAUAACUCUUUGGUUUAUAUGAUCAAUAGUAUGGUUAAAUAAAAGUUUGAUUUUUGCAAGUA